UAUUAUAUUUCUUUAAAAAAAUUUAAAAUCUUUUCUUUUUGGAUUGUAUAGCAGCAGAACAUGGAGCUGCAAAUAUUAUAGGUUAAUAUUAAUCACACUCAUACAUUGUCAUUUGAUCCACAAAAAUUCUGGAUAAUAAGUGUCCGGAAUAAAAUAAAUAUAAAAAUAAAUAUCCACUAAAAAUAAAAUAAAUCACAAAUACGAAAAUUUCAAGAAUCGAACAUUCGCUUAGUUCUGACUUUUAUACAAAUAGGUUUUUCGUUAACAUACAAAUAGAUAUGUACAAUUAAAUAUAUAAUUUUAAAUUUAUAUCUUUAUGAAAUUAUUUAUAAAAUUACUUUUAAAAGUAUUAAAUUAAUAAAUGAAUAUAAAAUCUUUAUAAAAACUACAAGUUUAAAAAAAAUAUGUUUUAUAAAAAAUAACUGAUUUUUAAAAUUUAUGGAACAUAUAGUUUCACUAAUCUUUACUUUUUAUUUUUUAUUAUGUAAAAGAUUUUUUUUUAAAUGGACUUACAUUCUUUCUAGAUUUAAUUUUAUUGAAGAAAGUAGAUGAAAUAUUUGUAAAUAUUCGCAAAUAUCUGUAAAUUUUCCGAAUAUCUAAAAAAUCUGAUAUCCAUAUUUUUCUAAGACAAAGCAAAUUGAAAAUUUAAAUAUCCAUAAAAUACAAAGCAAAUCACAAAUUUUGAAAAAAAUAAUAAUAUUUGAUUCGUAUCCACAUCUAGGCCAGCACAUGUGGUGGGAUCUAAUACCUCAAAAUAGUUAAAAAAAAACAAAAGAGAAAAGCAUCACAAAGUUACAAAAUAGAUUACAAAAACCAGUUGACAAAAAAAAAAGAUUAUAAAUACCAAGAUUUUUUUAUGGUAAUAUUCGAUCCGUAUCCACAUUUAGGUCAGCAUAUAUGGUGAAAUUUAAUCAGUAUAAAAUUUUUAUUCAAAACAGUUAAAGAAAAACUAAAGAGAAAAGGACAUCGCAAAGUUUCAUACAUAUACAUUUGCUUGAUUUAACAUUUUUUUUUUGUUUUAUUAAGAUUUACGUCCAAAAAAAUGUUUCAUACAUGGCCAAAGCAUAAUAGUCUCACAGAAAAACGGGUCAUUCCUUUUAUUUUUGACCUCUUCGCAAAUGUUAUUUUUAGAUGUACCCUUUUUGUUAUAAAAUAAAAGUAAUGAAAGAUAUAUCCAGUAAACUUUUUUAACUUUGAAACAAGAAAAUGGCAACUAACAAAAUCUCCUUCUUCUUGGUUCUUUGCCUCUGUGUUUUGAUAUCCUCAGGAUUUGGAGAAGCAGCACUAAAUCCAACGGGAAGAAAAUGUCCGGAUCCAAAUGGCGUUGACAAAAAAGCUGCAUGUUAUAGCUACUGUAAAACACAAGGUUUUAUGGGUGGUUCUUGUCAAGGACAUAAAGGUAAUUACAUGUGUAAGUGUUAUGAAGGUAUAUGAAUACCUAUUGCACGGCAUCUUCGACGGCAGUCUCUCCUUAGAACUCUUGCUAAUAAAAUACUGAAGAAAAUAGAUAAAAGAAGGGAGAGAAGCCCAGUGGAAAGAGAGAGAAGAAACGCUUCCUUACGUUUUAACAUAAUAAAAUUUCGAAUGAUGACGGACUACACCGCUCUACAUCACCGUUAGUAGUAACAAAAAUCUAUACAUAUAAUUAUAUAUUAUAUGUUUUUGUUAUUAUUAAAAAUGUAUCGCAGUUGUUUUACAAUUGUCCCGCAUGUUAUUCGGAUCCUAAAUUUAUAGGUAUUGCUUGUUUGAAGGCUGGAAUUAAUCUAAAAUAAUAAAACACAAUCAAGUAAUAAGAUAUUAAUUAUUAUUUUUGUUAGAGAGACUCAAACAGUGCAUGCUCGUUGCGGAGACUAUUAUAUCAAAUUCAUAAUCUACUUCUUUUGUAUUAAUAUUUUGUGAUUUUUUUGCUACUUUCAUAUAUUUGUUGGUUUGGUUUUAUGACGAAUAAUAAACAUUGGUUUUACGAGGAGUAAUAAACUCAAAUGCAUACUUUAUUUGAUGUAUUUGUUUAUUAUACGUUUGGGAGAUAUUUUCAUGAUUCUUACUGAUAAAAAUAUAUCAUAGUAUUUGCAAAUAUAAUUAAAGUUUAAUUUAAUUAUAAUAAUAACAGAUAAAAUAACUAUACUUGACUAUUAAGCAUCAAA